AUGUACUCACAGACUCUCUCUCUCUCUCUCUCUCUCUCUCUCUCUUUCUCUCUCUGUGUAACGAGAAAUGGACGGUCUAAUCAAGGGUUUGAUGGACGUGGCUCUUGGCCACGACCAGAAAGAUGACGAAUCGAGCGCUGAGCCCCGAGAUGAACGAUCUAGAUCCAGCUGGGCGCAAGUGGUAUCCGGAGAGCAGGAUAACAGUGAUCAAGCGAGCAAUGAUCACUCGCAUGGUUAUCGUCCUACAAAUCAGUGGCGAAAACAGGAAAAGAGCGAAGGAAUCAAUGAGGAGUGGAGACCUUCAAGGCGACCUCCAAUGGAUGAUCAUGAAGGGUAUGGAAGAAAUGAAUGUGAUGAGCAACAUGAUUAUAAUCAAAAUCAAUGGGAUAGAAAGAAGGGAGGAGAAGAAAAUAAUGAUGGUUGGGAGACAGUUGUCGAAAAGCAUCCUAAGCGACCACACAAGAUUGAAAAGGAUCACUGGCAUGGAUACAAAAGACCUCCUAGUGAACAAGAAUACUCUGAUGGGGUUGAAAAUGAUGAAAAUUUAAUCCCUUCAGAAGAGGAGCUUGCUGACCUAUCGCAAGCUUGCAACAGGCUCUGGCAUCUUGACAUAAAUCGUUUGGUGCCUGGCAAGGACUAUCAGAUUGAUUGUGGUGAGGGGAAAAAGAUAUAUGAGAAGGAAGAUGUGGCACAAGGAAGCUUAUUUAGCUGGCUAAAGGAAGAUGUAUUAAGGAGGCGUACCUUUUCUCGUUUUUGUUCUCUGCUUGAUAACUACAACCCAAAUCAAGGGUGCAAAGAAGUUGUCACUGCUGAAGAGAAGCAAGAGCAAGCUGCUUUUAUAGAAGAAAUCAGCAGAACUGCACCCAUUAAAUACCUUCAUAAGCUUCUUGCAUUUAAAGGCAUUGUAUCUGAUGAUUAUCAUGAUUUUAAAAGAAUAUUGACAAGUCUCUGGUUUGAACUCUAUGGUCGAGGUGGUACUUAUGGUUCCUCUUCUGCUUUUGAACACGUUUUUGUUGGAGAAGUUAAGCAUCGUGGGGAACAAGAAGUUUCUGGUUUCCAUAACUGGCUUCAGUUUUAUCUAGAAGAAGCAAAAGGAAGGGUUGAUUAUCAAGGUUAUAUUUUCCCUCGGCGACGUGGGCAGAUUCCGGACUCUGAUACCCAGUUACUUACAGCUCAGUUCGAAUGGAAUGGAGUUCUCAAAUCUGUAUCAAGCAUUUUAGUUGGUGUCAGCCCGGAGUUUGAAGUUGCAUUGUAUACUCUCUGUUUCUAUUUGGGUGGAGAGGAUAACCAUGUAGAAUUGGGUCCAUACCCUGUUAAUAUCAAGUGCUACCGCUUUGGAGAUCGGAUUGGAUCCGUAUUUCCUAUGGCAGAGUGUUGAAUGCAUGUGUUUAGUAAAUGUAUGAAAAAAAUAUUAUGAGUAUGAGUGAUACCCUCUUGGUGAGAGCUUUUACUUUCUAAUAUGGUCGAAUGAACCUAAAUAAACUUGUUUUUGUACAUUUUAUGCUAGAUGUUGACAUUGUCAGCCAUUUAUCUUGCCCAGUAGGUGGUGUUUUAAGAGUGCUAUUAAUGCAGUUUCAUUUUGGCCUAAUGGUUGGUUAGGCGUGGAACUAUGCAAA